CUGGGAUAGGGAGAGGUGUCCCUGCCCACGGCAGGGCUGGGAUGGGAUGGGAUUGAAGGUCCCUUCCCACCCAGGCCAGUCUGGAAUUCCCAGAUCCCUGAGCGCGCUCGGAGCCAGGCUGGGAAAGGGCAGCUGAACACGGAGCUCCAAGGGGGAUUGGGGCUGCAAAAUCCCCCUCCUGGAGCUUUGGGAAUAGAUCCGGAUGUUCCUUAUGUGCGGAAAAACUUGGAAAACCAAAUCCCUGUGGGAAUCCAGAGCUGCUGAUCAGGAGACUUUGAUUAUGGGAUGCCUUUUCCAUGAAACUCUGGCCAAAAACUCUGAGGAACGUGGUUCUAUAGCUCCGUAGAACUGGGGGGGGAUUCCUCCGUGAGAAACCCUGGAUUUUCCAGGGAAGAACACUUGAGCAUUGUUCUUGGGGAUGCUUGAGCACCACACGGAUCCCUCUGCAGUCUCCUCUCUGAGCGUUUUCCUGGGAUGGCAGCGUGGGAAUGGUUCCUGCGGAUCCAGCAGUGGAGGUUUGGGGUCGGAUCCCUCAGGAAUGGGGGCUGUGCGAGCUCUCCCAGCUCCCGUGGCUCCUUCCAAGGCUGGGAAUGGCAUCCAGAGCCUCACCCGGAGCUUUGGGAGCCCUCAUCUCCCAGGAUUUGCUCGGCCUUCCCUGAGGGUUCUUCCUUGGAAUGUUGGGGGCUGUUGUUGGCUGUGACAUCAGAGCUGCUCCCGUGGGAACGGCUCCAGGGCCUGGUGUGGACACAGAGUGACCAGAGCCAAACCAGCUCGGCCCGGAUUCCCAUGGAUCAGCCCGAGUAGAGGUUGGAAUGUUGGGGUUGGAUCUGGGGAGUGCUUCAGACUCUGGGAUGUGUUUGUAUCAGUCAGGACUGGGCAGGGCCUCCAUAAGGAACUGGGAUUUGGGGAUUUCCUUACGCUCCACAGCGUUAUUUGGGAGAUUCCAGCAGCGAUUCCUGCUGUCAGUUUGGAGUUUGGUGGGAAAAUUCAGCUGGAGCUGCUGCUUUUCCAGCAGAAAUCCACCCAAACUAACGUGGGAGUUCUUACAGAGAGGGGAGAACUUCAUCUCUUAAAUUGCCAAAUACACCCAAAACUGAUGGGAUUUGGGCGGAGUUGGAUCGGAUCCAAUGGAUCGGAACAUCCCGCUGUCCCGUUCAGAGAACAUUCCUGAUGGAAUUCCUGCGAUUCCCACCCUGCUGGAUCCAGUAAUGCGCUGCCGUGCCUUUUUUCAGUUGUGCCUCCAGCUCCACAUCCGGGAGGCCUUUCCCUGCUGGAAGGAUUAGAUCAGGUGGGAUGUCAGAGAUACUCCGAAGAACCUGGCAGGUUCAUGGAACAAUUCCGGGCCCAUUUGAGUGCUGAACUCUGGAAGAACCCCCGCAGAUGGAGCACGGCCCCGUCGUGGCCAUCCUGCUGUGCGCCCUGCUCCGCGUUCCGGCGGCGCUUCCCUCGGGAUCGGAGCCCAUCCUGCUGGGGCUGAAGGCCCGGCUCGUGGUCAACUCCACGCCCUGCAGCGUCACCUGCGGGCUGGGCGUCAAGGAGGAGCGGCUGUGCGAGCUCAGCCCGGCCGGGGAGCGCCGCAAUUGCUCCGUGCUGCGUUCCCGCUGCCUCAGCGAUUGGAUCUGCGGCCUCCGGCACCUCAGCGUUCCCGAGGGAAAACCCCUCCAGCUCAGCUGCCUCUCGCCGGACGCCGCCAGCCUCGAGGGACAGGAUUUUGGCUACACCUGGAGGUUCGCCCGCGGGCUCAUCACCACCAACGACCUCCUGUUCCAUCCCUUCCGCAAUCCCAGCCCUUCCCUGAGCUUUUCCCCGGCUCUGGAGUCGCAUUCCGGGACCUAUCGCUGCGACGUGCAGGUGCUGAGCUCCUUCCAGCUCGUCAAGAGGAUCUACUUUGGCCUCAGGGUGAUCCCUCAGGAUCUGGUGGAUCUCGACUUCCAGAAAUCCCUGACCUGGGAGCAGCAGCUGGCGGCCAACGGGGAGGAACUGGGAAACGCCACCGGCCCCAGAGAGCGGGAGCAGCAGCACUGGGAAGUGUGGGAGAAGCAGGGGGUUUAUGAAGUGGUGCUGGGAAUCGGGAGCGGAGCGAUCGUGGGGAUCCUGCUCAGCCUCGGGCUCUGCUGCUUGGGCCACGUUUGCAGGAAAAGAGCAGCGGAGAAAUGAAGAGAGUUUGAUGCAA